CUCUGUGCACAGCGAGGGAACUCGUCGCGAGCUCAGGCUCAGACGACGCGCGCCACGCGUCGAGUGCGGAAGCCCAUUACUUGUUACCGUCAAUGCUUCACUUUACAAUCAGUGACAUUACUCACUUUCGAUAAAUCACCAAUUUAAUACAUAACUGUGAAGUGCUUAUCAAUAAAUCAACAGUGCCAUAAGUUUUGUUUACGUCUCAAGUGAUCAAUUUUUGUGAGUGUGAACAAUCGGAUAACAUUUUAGUUCUUUUUAUACGGGUUUUAAGUUCAAGUGUAAUUUGCAUGGUAAUUAGUUGCUACACCAAUUAGUUCGUUAUCGGGCGGCAGUGCAGCUGAAUCAGUCGGGUAGAGUUGCGUGAAGGAGUCGCAAUGAGUGAUAUCGUAGAUGACGGCAGCACCUCGGUGGAGCACGCGGAGGUCGGUUGAGAUGCUAGUGCGGGGGUGCGUGGGGGGCGAGCUGCGCCACUCGCUGGCGGAGCGCACCAAGGCGCUGGCGGCGCAGUGCCAUGCGCUGCGGUCGCCGGCACGCGCCGAGCGCAGUUGCGAACGCCGCCGGGCUAGACAUAGAAAGUCACAAACGAGGUGGUAUGUCAAACAGCCGACAUGGCGGUUGUGGGGCGAGGAGCGCGUCGACGGCGCCAUCUACACCGUCUACCUCAAGAAAGUUCGCUACCACCGACCUACGCGGAGUGCUUCUAGUGAGUCAGAUGACGAGAUCUCGCACUUGGAAUGGGAGACGGUGCGCGUGCGCUUCGUGAAGGCGGGCACCGUCGAGCGGCUCGUGGAGGCGCUCGCCACCGACGAUGGCGAACUCGAGUCCACAUACGUUAACGUCUUUCUAGCUACUUAUCGGUCGUUUGCGGAAUGCAGCAGAGUGCUGGACCUCCUCCUGCGACGAUAUGAAGCAUUGGCCGCGGAGGACGUGCAUCCAACAGUAGUCGACACGUCGCUGCAACACCGAAAGACUCUGGUGGCGUGUCUGCACGUGUGGCUGGACACCUACCCGGAGGACUUUCGGCAGCCCCCGCACCACCCCGCGCUGCAACAGCUACUCGCCUUCACUCAGGUUCACUUGCCGGGAACAGAACUACAUACGAAGGUAUUGCAGAAGCUAGCUGUGUUCAGUGCGGAGCGCAAUGGGCUGUGCGGCGGCGGCGCGCUGUGCCUGGCGGCGGGCAUGCGCGUGCCGGCGCACCACACCAGCGCCUACCGGCUGCCGCACGUGCCGCACCGCCACUUCGCCGAGCAGCUCACGCGCAUGGACAUGGAGCUCUUUAAGAAGCUCGUGCCGCACCAGUGCCUCGGCGCCGUCUGGUCGCGCAGGGACAAGGACCGCUCCCACGACGCCGCUACCGUUCUAGCUACCGUUAACCAAUUCAACGCCGUAUCGUUUCGAGUCAUUUCGACGGUCUUAGUCGAACCCAAUCUAAGGCCGCUCGAGCGUGCCGAAAUCUUAGCCGCCUGGCUCGAUAUCGCCCGGGAACUCAGAGUGCUCAAAAAUUUUUCUUCGUUAAAAGCUAUAAUUUCAGGACUACAGAGCAAUCCUGUUUAUAGACUGAGGAAAACGUGGGCGAUACUAGCCAAAGAAAAAGCUGAACUAUUCGACGAACUUGCACGUAUUUUUAGUGAGGACAAUAAUCGGUGGGCUCAACGAGAGUUACUGAUGCGUGAGGGUACCGCGAAGUUCGCGGAUACAGUAGGUGAAAACGAUCGCCAGUUACAAAAACUUUUACACGAACGGGGCUCCCCUGGGGUCAGUCACGGGACCAUACCCUACCUUGGAACUUUUUUGACCGAUCUCACUAUGAUCGAUACUGCUAUUCCAGACACGGUAGCUGAUGGCCUGAUAAAUUUCGACAAGCGACGGAAAGAAUUCGAAGUUCUCGCGCAGAUUAAGUUAUUACAGGGUGCUGCUAACGCCUACCACUUGCCUUCGGACUCGAUGUUCGAUAGGUGGUUUGACUCGGUCAUUGUGUUAGAUGAUCGGGAGGCGUACCAGCUAUCAUGUCAAAUCGAACCGCCAACGAAUCCUCCCAAGGAGAGGAGACCAAAGAAAAUAAACGAUUCUAACAGCCACGGUCACAGAAAGAACGACUCGAUCGCUAGCACUAGCUCGAGUAAUAGUUCGCAGUUCUACUGCGAGACCGACGGUACUGCUACACAGUGGAAGAGAGAUAGCCUGGAGAGGCGAGUGUCGCCGACGCGCCUGUCUCAUGGUUCAUCAUCGUCAUCGCUGCCUUCAUUAGACGUGUCGCUGUCUAGUGCUAACAGCGGCCAGAAGCCCGCCAACGGCAAGGCGGGCGGCGCGAGCCCCGCGGCGCCGGGCGUGCGCUCGGGGCCCGACUUCUACAUCAUCCGCGUGACAUACGAGUCGGACUGCGCCGAGACGGAGGGCGUGGUGCUGUACAAGUCCAUCAUGCUGUGCAACAACGAGCGCACGCCGCAGGUCAUCCGCAACGCCAUGCUCAAGCUCAAUCUUGAUGGGGAUCCCGAUGGAUACACUUUGGCGCAAGUCCUACCCGAGAAAGAAAUGCUGCUCCCUGCAAACGCCAACGUGUACUAUGCUGUGAAUACCGCCUACAACUUAAACUUCAUUCUGCGGCCGCGCAAGACGCAACAAGUCGAGCCUGUGGUCAACGGGAAAUCGAGAGGCAAGAGAUCUUGAUCACUCUCAGUGAUGCACUGGUAGACAAUAAACUAGUUACUGGAAAAAUGACCGCUGUUGGGCCGGACAUAGGACACUUCAAAAAAUUCCAUUAUCGUUUUCUUACAUUUUAAUAACUAGAUGAUGUUUGGACCGAUGUAAUCCUUCGCUUUACUAGUCGUUCUUUGCUUAUUCACAGCUUCAAAGCUACGCCUAGGAUUGUUUUGGAAGUUCCUUCAGUAAUUUUGUCACUGUACUAAACUAAUGCGGAAUAAUGACGCUACGACUGUGUUCCCUUGUAUUCCUAACGUGCAUUUCACGGCGUAUACAAUGUAAUAUUUGUAUUGUACUCAUGUAAAUAACUUAAUAUAAUGCCACCUCUAGCGUAGUAUUGUGAAUUUAACUGUAUAUGUGGAUUGUUUGUUUGUAUAUAAUGUCUGUAAAUAAGAAUCUCAUGGAAUAAUAUUGUAGUAUAAUACUGAGCCAAAGGCAAUAUACGUCUAAUAGCAAGGUGCUGUACCACUUUUGUAUAACGUUUUAGAAGCUUUAAUAUGAACAUGUUUUUUAAAUUGAAUUUCGUAUUGUAUUACAUACUUUUAUAGUUUAUGUGUCUAGUAAAGAAGGGUAAAAAACGGGAACAAAGUGAUUCAAAACAUGUUCACUAAGCCAGUCGUUUAAGGUCAUGUUUUUGAUAAAUAUACAUUUCAGGAUCGCGAAAAAAUGCUUCAGAGAAUUCUCAUUGACUGUUGAACACACCACACAUUUUCCUUUCCUGUAUGACUUUUCCUUUAAAGGUUUCUUUUUUGACAAAACAUGUAUUUGUGUAGGUUACUUACCAUUUUAACUCGAUUAAAAUAUAUCAACAUGAAAUGGUCUCGUAGUUUCAGUAGAAGUAAUAGUUGCUAUAGAUAUGUGUUCAUAGUUACAAAUGGCAUUAAAUGAAAGGCCAUUCUAUAAAAAAAAUGAAUUAAUAACGAACAUUCGAACAUUCGUUGCACACAAGUAAGUUAACGUGUAGAUCGUAAGCUCUACGUACUUACAGCCAUACAUCAAAUGUACUGAUAUUUUACUCUAUAUCGUUUAAUUAAUGACAUAAUAAUUAUUUCUAUCUACUUUAUCCGCCGUGGUAUUUAAUAUUAAUUCUUUAGACGUGACCAUAUACAUACAAUAAAAUAAGAUACACGGUGUGCCUAAUAUAAAUAAUCAUUUAAAAUAAUAUCGUUCAUAAUGUAUUUAACUCAAAUAUCUACUUACUCGGAAUAUUAUUGUAAUUGUAUUUAAUUUAUGUUACCUCCCUGAAUAUUAAGAGCUGAUUAUGACGUUCGAAAUACUUUUUUGUAAAUAUCUGUAUGAAAUUAAAGUGUAAUUUUGUAGUUUUCCACCAGUGUCGCUGUAACAUGUUUAUAUUCGUAUAAUAAAAGUUAACGAAAUCUUU